AACAACAAGUGCUUCACUUUUCAUAUUCGCGGUGCGCGUGUUACUUAGAAUUUAUUAGCACUAGCAUACUCGUUGUUGUUGCUGUUGACUGCAAUUUAGAAUUUCUUAUUGGGCCGAUCAGUGAGUCAAUGUAAGUCGCUUCGUUAAAAACAUUCGUCGGUUGUCGUCUUCGGUUGCUCUUGUGUGUUUCGUGUGCGGUAGAAAAGAAAAAAAAAUUGUUUUUUCGUGUGGUGAUUAUUUUUGUUGUUGCUGUUGCAUUUGGUGGAAUAUGCAAGCGAUUAUUAAGUGUAGUGUUUCUGUUAAUACACAAACGGGAGGUAUGUAACGUGAGCAGCGUAAUGUUAUGAACAUUACUAACGCUAACAGUGGAGCCAAUAUACAUUAGCAGAUGUCGUUGGAUUAACAUCUUGUGCUCUAUGUUAUAUACCAUACUGUGUACGCUGUUGUUAUUGAAUGUUGUGCGUCUAUGGCUUUUCAAAGUUGUAAUGAUUUUCUUAUUAGAAAAGCUUAACUGGAGAAUCGGAUUAAUUUCUUUCAACGAAUUGCCGAAAUUAGAAAAAUUGUUCCAAACAUCGCCGUACCUUACGUUUUUGGUGCCAAAGUUUGCUGAAAAUGAAUCAUAUCCAACUUUAAGAGAGCUUUUAAGUGGACAACAUCAAAACGGCUUUAUCAAACAAAAAACAAUAAAAUUGAACGACGGAAGUGAAAAAAAAAUUCACUGAAAAAGUGUUACAAAAACA